AUGAAGGCUGCGUUGGAGCAGCUAAAGAGCAGCAGCAGCAGCAGCAGCAGCAGCAGCAGCAGCAGCAGCAGCAGCAGCAGGUUCUCUCGGUGGCCCCUUGAGGUGUAUCCGCACCUCUCCUCACGUCUCCCUGCUUCUGCUGGCGGCAGCAAACUUGUAACUCCUAGAUCACCGAAAAAGCUGCAGCAGCAGCAGCAGCAGCAGCUGCUGCUGCAGCAGCAGCUGCAGCAGCAGCUGCAGCAGCAGAAGCUGCAGCAGCAACAAGAACAAAUGACACACAAACAAAUUACCUCUGCUGCCAAUGAACCACAACAACAAUCAACAACAGCUCCAACAACAGCAGCAGCAACACCAACAGCAACAGCAGCAACAGCAGCAGCAGCAGCAGCAGCAGCAGCAGCACUGAGCGCUACUGGAGGUGCAAAGACACCCCAGCAGCUCCCGAGCAACACUCCGUUCUACCAGCAGCAGCAGCAGCAGCAGCAGCAGCAACAGCAGCAGGAGCAGCAGCAGCAGCAGCAGGAGUUAAAUGCUGCAGCAGCAGCAGCAGCAGCAGCAGCAGCACACCACUCUGCUCGCACCCCCAGCAGCCCCCCCACCUUCUCCCGCCCAACCCUCCAGGGCCCCCACAGCCGCACGCUGGCUGCGAGGAGACACAGCAGCGUGGGUGCCCCGCAGCAGCAGCAGCAGCAGCAGCAGCAGCAGCAGCAGCAGCAACCGCAGCAGCAGCAACAGCAGCAGCAGCAGCAGCAGAUGCAUCAGCAGCAGCAGCAGCAGAUGGAUCUCUCACAAAAACGAAGAGUCAACUCCACCCACCAUAUGACGCAGUUAAAGCAGCAGCAGCUGCUGCAGCAGAGCCAGCAGCAGCAGCAGCAGCAGCAGCAGCAGCAGCAAGAGUUGCUGCGAGGUUAUGUUGAAAGCAGCGGAGCGCAGCAGGGGCCCCCCCAGAUGUCUGCUAGGGGGGCCCCCCCCCAGUGGGGGCCCACCUCUCAGGGGCCCCCGCUGCAGCAGCAGCAGCAGCAGCAGCAGCAGCUGCAGCAGCAGGGGCCCCCUUCGUUUCCGCCUUCUGCUUUGCGUUCCUCCCGCAGCAGCAGUAACAGCAGCAGCAGCAGCAGCAGCAGCAGCAGCACGACCGCCCGGGUAUCCUUCAGGAGCCCCCCCAGCAGCACCCCAAGAAAGGCAAUGAACGGCCAGAAGAAACAAACAGCAGCAGCAGCAGCAGCAGCAGCAGCAAGUGCAGCAGCAGCAGCAGCAGCAGAGGAGACAGAAACAAAGCCUAAAGAUAGAUACAUGGACGGGACCGCAGAAAGAGACAGAGAAGCAGCAGCAGCAGCAGCAGCAGCAGCAGCAGCAGCAGACAAAGACAACGAAGAAAAAGAAGAAAAAGAAAAAGAAAAAGAAGAAAGGAGACAGGAGACAUCAAUGCUGCAGGAUUUUAUAUAUUCUUUCGCAGGUAGAGCCUUUAAGGGGGGAGAGGAAAGAGAAGCAAAUAAAAUAAACAGCAGCAGCAGCAGCAGCAGCAGCAGCAGCAGCAGCAACACAGACGGCCCCAUGCGUUCGUUUUCUCUCUUUCUACAUUCUGCUGCUGCCACUGCUGCCGCUGCUGCAGCAGCAGCAGCAACCAACAGCAGCAGCAGCAGCAGCAGCAGCAAUGGUGGUAGUAAUCUCCCACAGCCAGCAGAUAUACACACACUUCCUGCUGUUUAUAGCUGGCAGCAGGAGCUGCAGCAGCAGCAGCAGCUGCUGCAGCAGCAACUGCAGCAGCAGCAGCAGCAGCAGCAGCAACUGCAGCAGCAGCAGGGGGCUGGUGUAAUAGCAGCAGAUUUGAAGGGGCCCUGGAGAGAUGCUGGGGACCCAGAAGGAGCCUUCAGCAGCAGCAGCAGCAGCAGCUGCAGCAGCAGCUGCAGCAGCAGCAGCAGCAGCAGCAGCACACGCACGGACAGCAGCAGCGGAGCCCUCAGCGGGGACCAUACCCCUUAUAGCUCCCACACAACAGCAGCAGCAGCAGCAGCAGCAGCAGCUGCUGCUGCUGCUGCUGCAGCAGACACUCAAGGACCGCUCUUCUGGAGCAGCAACAGAUACAUGAAUGCAGCAGCAGCUGCAGCAGCAGCAGAAGCAGCAGCAGCAACAGCAAUAACUGUAGAUACCCAACAGCAACAGCAGCAGCAGCAGCAGCAACAGCAGCAGCAGCAGCAGCAGCAGCAAACACCUGGAGACUGCAGCACACCGCCGGCAGUGCAUGCAUAG